ACAAUAUCGGAGGUCGGAGAUAGCACUCUUCCCUCCUUUUUGUCUUUCAACCCCCCUCCAAGCCAAAAUAUGGAUGAUUCCAGAAAGCGGAAGUUGAAUGAUACAGCAGACAGUGACUAUGGUGAUAAAACUGGCGGAAAGCGAAAAAUAAUCGGACCAGCUUUACCCUCCGAGCAUGAUCAAAAGAUAAGCCAUGAUGACGAUUCUGACGACAGUGAUGAUGAUAUUGGACCGAUUUUACCUCCUUCAGGGACCGAGCACCUUCGGCUUGAUAAUAAACCUGACAAUGCUGGUUUGUUAUCUAAGGAGAAUCAAAUCCAUACGAACAGCCGUCAGCGGGACGAAUGGAUGCUGCAGCCCCCAGAGGAAUCAGAUUGGACAUCUAGAGUUGACCCAACUAAGCUUCGAAAUCGAAAAUUUCAGACAGGGAGAUCGACCAGAGGUCCACCCGUAGCAAAUCGCGUGGAUUCGUCUUGGACAGAGAACCCGGAACAAAAGAUGGAGCGCAUAAGAGAUGAAGUAAUGGGUGUUAAGACUUCCAUGCCAGUGAAGGAUGGAAGCAACCACUCAGAGGCAUCCCGAAUUUCUGAUGCAACCCACGAGAGGAUACAAAAAUACAAUGAGGCAACAAGGAAAGACGUGGCACAGCAAUCCGGACUCAAAUUGGGUGACAAUGGGGAAGACCCAGGCAUGCGCCCAUUUGACAGGGAGAAAGAUAUGGCUACUUCCUCGAGUAUUUCUAAUGCUCAGCGUCGAGAAUUGCUGAAUAAAGCUGCAGACUUUGGUUCUCGUUUUACUGGAGGGCGAUUACUUUGAAAUAUGUUCGGAAGCGGGUACCAGUAAUGACCAUUAUUGAGCAACCCAGUGGUAUAUAUUGAACUGAUUUCACAUUCAAUGAGAAAUUCAAAGCCACAAAAAAUACAUAUCAGAGAGAAAAAGGGGUAUCUGUGGGUGUAGAUAAUAGUACAUACAAGAAGCGCGGCCGCGACCUCAUGACUUCCCUGAUACUCAAAGAAAGUAGAGUUUGCCAGUUGACAGGAUAAUGAGUGAAUAGAUGUAAAGCCCAUGCCUGUAGAGGGCUGAAAGUCAUGGUGAUAGUCUCCUAACCUUAGGCACAUAGCCCCUGAGCUCAAGCCCAUAGAGGGCGCCCAUAUAAAUAGAUAUAGCUGCAAGACCCCAC